GGGGUACGGCGCGGGCCAGGGUGCGGGGUGGCCGCGGCGGUUCAGAGGGGUGCUUUGGGCUUAGGGUGGUGCGCGGGCAAUGGAGCAGAGAUUGGGAGAACGCGCUCGGGGUAAAGCACACGGCGCGGCGAAGGCGUGGCGGGAGUGUGCGGCGCCGGACCCAGGAAGCUGGCCUGGGCGCCGGGUCUCGAAGGCUGGCCUUUGUUCUGAAGUGUCCAGAUCGGCUUUGCGGCGUCGGGACUGAGGAAUGGAGCCCGCUGCGGGGCGGGGCGGGGCGGGGCAGGGCGGGAAAGGAAGGUUCAAGUCUCUGGGGUUGAUGCGUCCCUAUCGGCCGGACACAGAUUAGAAGCCUUUCAGGUGCUAGAUGGCAGCUGCAGAGGCUGUGCACCACAUACACCUGCAGAACUUCUCACGCUCUCUGCUUGAGACCCUCAAUGGGCAGAGGCUAGGGGGGCACUUCUGCGACGUGACUGUGCGCAUUCGUGAAGCUUCACUGCGUGCCCACCGCUGCGUGCUGGCGGCCGGCUCGCCCUUCUUCCAAGACAAGCUGCUGCUCGGCCACUCUGAGAUCCGUGUGCCUCCGGUGGUGCCCGCACAGACGGUGCGACAGCUGGUCGAGUUCCUGUACAGCGGUUCGCUUGUUGUGGCGCAGGGCGAAGCCCUGCAGGUGCUCACCGCCGCGUCGGUACUUCGCAUACAGACAGUUAUCGACGAAUGCACGCAGAUUAUCGCCCGCGCCCGAGCCCCAGGCACCUCUGCGCCCACGCCCCUGCCCACUCCUGUGCCCCCGCCACUCGCACCUGCGCAGCUGCGUCACCGUCUGCGCCACCUGCUGGCUGCGCGCCCUCCGGGGCACCCUGGUGCUGCGCACAGCCGUAAGCAGCGCCAGCCCGCGCGUUUGCAGCUGCCUGCGCCCCCAACACCUGCCAAGGCCGAGGGGCCUGAUGCUGACCCCUCACUGUCCGCGGCCCCUGACGACCGUGGCGAUGAGGAUGACGAGGAAACUGACGAUGAGACCGAUGGCGAGGACGGCGAAGGUGGCGGCCCGGGCGAGGGCCAGGCACCUCCUUCCUUCCCAGACUGUGCUGCCGGCUUCCUCACUGCUGCUGCUGACAGCGCCUGUGAGGAGCCCCCUGCACCCACUGGCCUCACUGACUACAGUGGUGCCGGGAGGGAUUUUCUUCGGGGAGCUGGGGCAGCUGAGGACGUAUUUCCAGACAGCUAUGUAUCCACUUGGCACGACGAGGAUGGCGCUGUCCCCGAAGGCUGUCCCACUGAGACCCCUGUCCAGCCCGACUGCAUACUGGCUGGACCCCGCCCGCCUGGUGUGAAGACCCCAGGGCCACCCGUCGCACUCUUCCCCUUUCACUUGGGUGCCCCCGGGCCACCCGCACCACCCCCUUCAGCACCAUCAGGGCCAGCCCCUGCGCCCCCACCCGCCUUCUACCCCACACUCCAGCCCGAGGCAGCCCCCAGCACUCAGCUGGGGGAGGCCCCGGCUCCCUCUGCUGCUCCCACCACGGCCCCCUCAGGCACCCCUGCUCGCACAGCAGGUGCUGAGCCACCCACCUAUGAGUGCAGCCACUGUCGCAAGACGUUCAGCUCCCGGAAAAACUACACCAAGCACAUGUUCAUCCACUCGGGGGAGAAGCCGCACCAGUGCGCCGUGUGCUGGCGAUCCUUCUCGCUGCGCGACUACCUGCUGAAGCACAUGGUCACGCACACCGGUGUGCGCGCCUUCCAGUGCGCCGUUUGCGCCAAGCGCUUCACGCAGAAGAGCUCACUCAACGUGCACAUGCGCACUCACCGGCCCGAGCGCGCGCCCUGCCCCGCCUGCGGCAAGGUCUUCUCGCACCGCGCGCUGCUGGAGCGCCACCUGGCCGCGCACCCUGCGCCCUGAUGGGGCUGGGGCCUGGCCUCGCCCACGGUGGAUCCGAGGCCUCCCGCACGGUCGGCCACCCCCGCUACGGGACCCGUGGUUCCCGCCACUAGACCACGCUCCCUCCUGAGCGCAGGUCCUCUCUCUCCCUUCACCCUUUCUCCAUACCGGGACCUAAGUCCGCCUUACUCCUCUCCUCCAUGUACUUGAACCCUCCAGGUGGUGCCGAGCUGGGGCUGGUUAGGGACCAGACCACCUCUGAGAACUAGACCAUUUCCUGCCUAAAGAUAUGACUCUGGUUCUCGCCCCGCCCUCUCCUGGGGUGGGGGUGGGGGUGGGGGCUGGGGCCGCUCCCCUGCCCCGGUGUGAGGCUGUUCAAGGUCCCUAGCUCCCUACCCAAGCUAUCCCUCCCUCGUGGGGUGCCUAAGGAGGCUCAAGUGGACCCAUCAUAUAUGGGGGCUGGGCCUCGGGACUCUCACUCUAAUAAAGGACUGUAGGCCAUGAGGCCUAAACCACGAA